CUGCACACUGCACUGCGUUGUGUGUGGGCGGUGACCCUACUCGCUGGCACCAGCCGACACCCUCUCCUCCAAAGUGUUGAUAUUUGUGCAAAAAUAGCCGAAUUGUGCAGAAUUCGGACUUCCCUGCUGCUCUUCGAAGAUCUACCGCCCGUUAAAACGCAUGGUUGAAGGCAUGCAACUUCUGCUUUUCCUGAAGAAAGAGAAACUGAACCAAGGAGGUGGCAUCCAACCCUAGUUUCUUCGUCAGCCCGUCCGCCUCAAAGCAAACUAUACAGGCCUCAUUCAGCAUUCAAAGGAAAACAAUGGCAAGCCACUUGGAACACCAGCUGGCGGGGUUGCAAAUCAAUCACAGUGAGUCAGGUGACUCGGGACCCGGGAAUGCAUCACCUUCUUUCCAAGGCAGUCCAAGCAGAAAAAUAGGACCGGCUGUUCCCCCAAAACCGUCCAAAAAGGCCACACCCCUGGUUCCAAAGAGUUAUUCCCUCAAUGGGCCUUGUGAGCCUUCCUACAGUAUUCCGUUGCAAAGUGGAGGAUCAACAAGCCCAGAUAAACCAAGUGUUCCCCUUUACACAAAUCUACCUCACAGUCAAAGCCCUGGAAUGAUGGGAAGAAUGAACAACACAGCCACAUACAGUAACCUGCCGGAAACACAACGACAAGCAGUCUACAGCAACACAUACAGUAACUACCCAAGUUUUCAGCAAGCCAGCCGAACUGCGGCACCAGAGAUGCCACCACCACCACCUGAACCAACCACCGCACCACCUCCCGAGGAAGUGCCAGAAACUUCGCCAGAAGACCUGCCUCCACCACCUUCUCCUGUUAGCUCAAGCUAUUCUGAACUUAGACGAGCAACUUAUCAACCAGGAUAUCAGCCCUCAUAUCCACCAAGCUUCCCUUCUAAUUAUCCACCUGAUUAUUCAACCUAUGGAUCAUCAUCUCAAAGUUCAUCGACAUAUGAAUCCAUCUACGAACCAAUCAAUCCUCGACCUCCAUCACAGUUGUCUUCCCGUUCCAAUUAUUCUUUGUAUGCACCGUAUACUGGCAGUCAACAAGGAACACUCCAACGAGGAGGGCAUACCUCUGCUCAUAAUGAAAAAGAGGCAGAGGUAGAUGCACUCACUGAUUUACUUGUUCAAUCCAUGGAUGGAUCAACAGACUCAGACAUCUACGGUAUCUGCACCAAAUGUGGUGAAAAAGUUGUUGGAGAGGGCUCUGGUUGUACAGCAAUGGAUCAAGUGUAUCACAUUAGGUGCUUUACUUGCUGUGACUGUGCUGUACAGUUACAAGGGAAACCAUUUUAUGCUCUGGAGGGUAAACCCUACUGCAAAGAAGAUUAUUUGAAUACCCUGGAAAAAUGUUCGGUCUGUCUCCAACCUAUUUUGGAUCGUAUCCUGCGAGCUACUGGGCGCCCUUACCAUCCACAAUGCUUUUGUUGUGUUGUCUGUGGAGAAUCCCUUGAUGGUAUUCCUUUUACAGUUGAUGCCACCAAUCAAAUCCAUUGCAUUCAAGACUUUCACAAAAAAUUUGCUCCACGUUGCUGUGUGUGCCAGAAGCCUAUCAUGCCAGAAGCUGGGCAAGAUGAAACUGUUAGGGUUGUUGCUUUGGAUCGAAGUUUUCACAUCCAAUGUUAUAAGUGCGAGGAUUGUGGACUUGUCUUGUCCACCGAAGCAGAAGGCCGAGGCUGCUAUCCUCUGGAUGACCAUGUUUUGUGCAAGAGCUGCAAUGCUAAGCGAGUUCAAGCUCUUACAUCGCACAUGACCACAGAGCUGUAAAUAAAAUAGUAUCUGGAGUGGAAAGCAGAUGCUUUCAGGUCUCCCAAAAUCAGCAUUCUUUCUGAUUUUUCAGUCAAGUUAUGUAGAGUAUGUAUAAAUUUGAAGAAAUUUAAAUUAUGCUUUUGUUCACUGAAGUGAACAUCUAAAUACUACAUCCAUGAGUCAAGUUUUGGUCAGUAUUAUUAUAAAUGUUUGUAACAUUUUACUUGUUAAGGUUUUUAUGUCUUUUUUUUAAAAAAGCUUCUUACUGUAUUAUUUUGACCUCUUGAUGAGUAGCUUAUGUGCGUUCAUAUUGUUUUGGUUUAUAACCUUUAUGUGGUAAUUUACUAUCUUACCAUUAUGUUGGCAUUUUAUUACCGCUGUUGUAAGUUUGAUUGGACUCCCUUGUUGUUUUGUGCCCUGACUUGGACUGUAUUCCCCUCUUUUGAUGCACGGGACCAUAGUGCACUGUAAUGCUGCCUCUUAAUUGAUUGCUUACAGUGUUGACAGUAUUAUUCAGAAGACUUUGACAAAACUUUCCAUUGUACAAUUUGAAUUGUGUUAUUUGUCAUAGAACUUGCUCAGUCAAAUCAACUUCCUGACUGGUACUUAAAAUGAUUUUCUACCAUUGUAAUUUUUAUCUUUUUGUACACUUUUCAUAUGUAUUUUUAAACCUACUGUAUGUUGGGAAAGUAACUUGCAGACAACUCUAUCAAUUAUUUUAAUUGGGAUUUAUAUAAACUUUUAUUACAUAUUGUACUUUUAAAAAGUGUAGUGUGGAUGAAUCUGUAGUCAUUUUUUUUUUUUGCACAAGAGUCAUCUAGUACUCGCUUCUCUUCCAUUUUUCUGUAAGGAGGUAGAAACUGUUAAAUGAAUGAGACGACUGAAAUGAAAACUAAGGAAGACUGCUUCAAUCUGAUUGUACCAUAUUUCAUAACAAUAUCAGUUUUGUGAUACAAUAUUUCCCCUCAUGUGUUUAUCUCAAUUCCUUUACUUUCUGAGUUUUUUUAUUAUGUGAGUGAAAAUGUUCUGAUAAGGCCAUUUACCCCUUCUCUUUGUCACAUGUACCUAUACGGUGCAUUAUGAUGUGAUGUGGCUUUAUGGAAUGAUUUUGUUGUAAAAUCAUGCUCAUUGUUGGACUUAAAUGUAUACAUUCCAUGCCCUUACUUGUCAUUGGUAUAAUGAAUUGUGCCCUUUGAUACUUUGUGAGAUCUACACAAAUGCUAUAUGUGCCAUUGUGUCAUACUUAACUUUUUAAAAAUUGUUGUACAGAAAUUGUUUAUUAAAUGGUUAUACAGUGGUAAUCAA